UCUCUGGCCCUGGGCAUGGUGUCCUUGAUGCUGCACUUCCACUGGACGUGGGUGGGGUUGGUCAUCGCUGAGGACACCAGGGGCAUUCAAUUCCUGUGGGAUAUAAGAGAUGAAAUGAACAAGAACGAGAUCUGUGUGGCCUUUGUGGAAAUGCUCUCUGUCAUGGGCAAGAGGAAUGCACCAUCUGAUUGGCACUACUACUUUAGAAUCUUAGAAUCAACUGCAAGUGUAGUGGUCAUUUAUGGUGACACAAACUCAUUAAUGAGCCUGAGUUUCUCAAAAUAUGGGCUCCUUGUGACUUGGAAAGUGUGGAUCACGACAUCACAAUGGGAUUUCAUCACCAGUGAUGUGGAGCUCAUGAUGGACACAUUCCAUGGGACUUUGAGUUUUUCACACUCCCACAAUGAAAUCCCUGGUUUCAAGCAUUUUCUCAAGACAGUGAAUCCAUCUGUGUACCCAGAAGACUUUUAUCUCACUAAAUUUUGGUUUCUUUACGUUCCCUGCUCGAUUUCAAAGUCUGACUGUGAGACGUUGCAGGGCUGUUCUGUGAAUGCCUCUCUGGAGGAUCUGCCAGUGCACGUCUUUGACAUGAGCAUGUCUGAAGGGAGUUACCACAUCUACAAUGCUGUGUAUGCCAUGGCCCACACCCUUCAUGAAACGCUUCUUCAGCGGGUAGAGGUGCAGCCAGUGUGGAAUGGAGAUGGGUUGAUGAUGUACCCCUGGCAGCUUAACUCCUUUCUGAAGAACAUCAAAUUUGACAACAGUGUUGGUGAUGAAGUGAAUCUGGAUCAGGAACGAGUUUUUAGGAAAGACUAUGACAUUCUCAACUACUGGAAUUUCCCUCAAGGCCUUCACCUCCAAGUGAAGGUUGGAAAGUUUUCACCACGGGCUCCACAUGGUCACCGUCUUUCCAUAUCUGAGGAGAUGAUAGAGUGGAAUGUGGAGUUUAAAGAGAUUCCCCGUUCUGUGUGCAGUGAGAGCUGUGGCCCAGGAUUCAGGAAAACCCACCAGGAGGGACAGGCUGCCUGUUGCUUUGACUGUACCCCUUGUCCAGAGAAUGAGAUUUCUAAUGAGACAGAUGUGGAGCAGUGUGUGCGCUGUCUAGACGCGUACCCAAAUCCUGCAUGAGAUCGGUGCCUGCCCAAGGUCGUGGUGUUCCUGGCCUAUGAAGACCCGUUAGGAGCAACACUGGCCGGGGUGGCUCUUGGCUUCUCUGUGCUCACUGCUCUGGUACUUGGGGUGUUUGUGAAGCACAGAAACACUCCCCUAGUCAAGGCCAAUAACCGCAACCUCAGCUACACCCUGCUCGCCUCCCUGUGUCUGUGCUUCCUCUGCUCCCUGCUUUUCCUUGGCUGCCCCAACACAGCCACCUGCAUCCUCCAGCAGACCACGUUUGCCAUCGUGUUCUCAGUGGCUGUGUCCACCAUCUUGGCUAAAAUCAUCACCGUGGUCCUGGCUUUCAAGGCCACAGCACCAGGGAAGAGGAUGAGGCAGUGGUUGGUGUCAGGCGCACCCAACUCUGUCAUUCCCAUCUGCUCCCUCCUCCAAGUGAUGCUCUGUGGAAUCUGGCUGGGAACGUGUCCUCCCUUCAUUGACACAGACACACAUGCUGAGCCUCAGCAGCUCCUGGUCCUGUGCAACAAGGGCUCUGCCACUCUCUUCUCUGUGCUGGGAUACCUGGGGUCCCUGGCUCUGGGCAGCUUCUCAGUGGCUUUCUUGGCCAGGAGUCUGCCUGAUACGUUCAAUGAAGCCAAAUACUUGACGUUCAGCAUGCUGGUGUUCUGCAGUGUGUGGGUGACCUUCAUUCCUGUGUAUAAUAGCACCAAGGGGAAGGUCAUGGUGGCUGUGGAGGUCUUCUCCAUCUUGGCCUCCAGUGCGGGACUCCUGGGCUGCAUCUUUGCCCCCAAGUGCUACAUCCUUCUGGUGCGGCCGGACAGGAAUGUUUUACAAGGAAUAAAGGAGAAAGCAAGGUGUAGUUAAUGCAGACUGUGCAUUAACUCACAGGUUUUAUAAAAUGAAAGCAAGGGCUGAAUCUAACCACAGCACUCUGGUAUGCAGGACUGAGGUAGAGCAGAACACUGCACCUUCUCAUUGGACACGAGGCUCUCCUUUCUGUAACAGCUCAGGGCACUCCAGCCUUCUUUCUGUUCAUCCUAACAACACGUAGGUUUUUGUCUUCUUGACUGUGUUAAUUUAAUUUCAAUAUCAUACCUUAAAAUUUCUAGUUCUUGUACAUAAAUUACUUUUCCAGUGCUUUUACUGUACAGGUUUUAAUUGCACAAUAUAUUUUGAUAUGGCUGUAAAGGUGAACUAAUGACUAGAGUCAAACAAACUCACAUAUGCAUCAUUUGUGUAGUUGUAUUUUCCAGUGUGUGCACCACUAAAGCAGCUAAAAGUUGCACUACUAACACAUUUCCAGUAUAGAGUACUAUUAGCUGUAGUCAUCCUGUUUGCCUCAGACUUACUCAUUUCACUCACUACGGGCGGAAUAGUGAGGGCGUGCAUCGAUAGUCCAGGAAAAGAUAGUUUAAUAAAAGUGGAGUUACGGUAGCCUCAGGAAAAGGAGCAGGGAGAAAUUGCAGAGGAAACUCUUCCAGAUCUAGUGGCUGUGACUCAGAGGACCUAUGAGGAGAGCAAGGUCGCCCAGUGCAUGGAAGCGGAGCCGCAGGACCCUCAGGACCCUCCGGACCCGCCGGAGCUGCAGAGUCUGCAUGCCAGCACUGGAAGGGGAGGUGAGACAAAACCUCUCGGUAACCCAAGACAUUGGCGGGGAAAGGCAGAAAGAGCCUGCAGAGAACGAGGCCUGAAACCCCAUUAGGGAAAGUUCACCAGGCUGGCUGGAGGAGAGAAAAAAAUCGAAUAAAUAAGGGGAACCUGCACGGACAUUUAGCCUCUCUGUCCACUCACCUUACAAAGCCGAGCAAGACAAAGGACAGGCGCCAUUUUUCAUAAGUAAAGCGGUGCGUGCUAUUUUGCAUAUGUAAAGCGGGUGCCCCUCAUUAGCCAAGCAGAAAAACCUGACUCUGGUAAGCAAACGAAUACCCACAGGGGCCAGAUUUCAUACAUCAACUACUCUCAAUUCCACUCAGCUUGUGGAAUUACUUCCCAACUGAGUCGAGAGAGAGAGAGAGAGAGAGAGAGAGCAAGAGAACAAUCAGGGUGAAUCACCUUUGGCACACCCUUAACCCUGUAGAACCAGAGCUCUCUGGCCACACCCAUUACAGCCUCUAAGGAUCCAUCAAAGCAGACAGUCUUCUUAAUGUAGAAUCACAGUAUAUCAAGAAAAAACCAAAGAAAAUCUCCAAUAUGCCAAACAAAUGCAAAAGCCGAGGUAACAAGAACAAGGAAGACACUAUGACACCCCCCAAAUGAAAUAGACACCCCAAUUCAAGAUUAUGAAGAUGAUGGGAUAGAAGAAAUGCAAGAAGCGGAUCUCAAAAAAUUUAUGAUAAGAACAUUUAGAAGUUCUCAAAAACAAAUUCUCGAACUACAGAAAUCCUUAAUGGACAAGAUAAAAAAUCUCUCUUAUGAAAAUGAAAUAUUAAGGAGGAAUCAAAAUGAAA